AUGGAGCAGGAAGAUAGAGGCACGGCAGGCGCUGACACAGCGGAAGGAGCAAGCAGCAAGCAGAGUGCAGUCCAGCUGGGGAUCCCCGGCGGUCCGUCAUCCCCGUUGCUGCUGCCGCCCUCCCCAGGGGUAUUGCUGGAGCAGGCCCGGCUGAGGGAGGCGGCGGCCCGGCUCAGGGACGUGGGGGCUCCGGAGUCGGUGGUUUUUCCCGGCACCAGAGCGCCCUGCUCCGCUGGCUGGAGGAGAGACUGAGCCGGGGAGAGGAGGCGCUGAGCCGGGAGCAGUUCAUAGAGAUGCUGGAGAGCCGGGCCAGCGGCCGGGAGGAGUGUGAGGAGGCAUUUGCACAGUUUGAUGCGGAAGGCGAUGAGGUGGUAGACUUGGAGAGCAUGUUGGAAGCCAUAAAGGCCUCUGGUGGUGCCAAUCUUCAAGGGGAGCUGAGUCAUGUAAUCAGACAGCUGCAAGCCUGCUCUCUCACACCAGGUUUCAUCGACAUAUUCUCCAAAUCAAAGGAUCGUCUUAACCUACAUUCUUCUAAGACGCUCCGUUUUUUACAUCGAAAUCGAAUUCCCAGUACUGUGAUCCCCUAUCCUAUUCUAGAGUGCUGUAGUAACAUUUUCACUAUGCGAUCCUCCGUGCUGAAAGAUUAUUUGGAGAGGUUGCUCAAGAAAGAAAAGGAAUGUCCAGCUGUUCUAACUGGCAGUGAUGAAUCUUUGAAGUAUAAAACAAUAACAAAAUGUUACAGUAGCAUAGAAACCUCAUCCAACUCUUCAGAUAUAGACAAGAUGACUAAUGGAGAAACAACCUCAUACUGGCAGUCAGAUGGCAGUGCCCGUUCACACUGGAUACGGUUAAGAAUGAAGCCUGACAUUGUAUUGAGACACCUAUCCAUUGCUGUGUGUGCCGCAGACCAGAGUUACAUGCCUCAGCAAGUGGCUGUGGCGGUUGGACGAAAUCCAAGCAACCUACAGGAGGUUCGCGAGGUCCACAUUCCCAGCCAUAUUACAGGCUAUGUGACAUUGCUGGAAAACGCUAACAUAAGUCAGAUUUAUGUCCAGAUAAACAUCAAGCGUUGUUUGAGCGAUGGAUGUGAUACAAGAAUACAUGGCCUUCGCGCUGUUGGCUACCAGAAGCUAAAAAAGUCUGUAGUAUCCAUAUCUGAUGCAUCAGCUAUAUGGUAUCUUUCUCUGCUGACAUCGCUUGUCACUACUUCAAUGGAAACCAAUCCAGCGCUUGCACAGGCUGUCCAGCAGCACACACAAAAGGCUUUGCAGCACAUGAUACCUCUCUCUUUAACACAAGGAACUGCUGAGUUUCCAAAUUUUUUAUCACCAAAUAUUCUGGAAGAGGUGAACAGCUUUCUGAUGAGGACUGCAAGCUGCUGUCCCACACCAGCAGUGGAUUUAAAUCUCUUGGCAUUUGCUUUGGCCAGAGGGAAUAUUGCUAAAGUGAUCACCUCUCUUUGUACCAUUAUGGACCAUUUGGAUUUACAGUACAAAGCUGCCUCCCUUUUAAAUUCAAUGGAAUCUGUUAGAAUCAAUCUUCUCUAUAAAUAUGGAAGACCACUGCAGUUUACUCUAAUAGCGUGUGAUGUCAAAGGCAAGGAAGAUAAAUCGGGACCAGAAAACUUACUGGUGGAACCUUGGACAGGAGAUGGCUUCCUGACAGAAACUGGAAAAACCAGGGCAAGCAUAAUCCUUUCUUCAGGCACUGAGUCAGCCUUCCAGGUUACACAGAUGAGGAUAAGGGUCCGAAGAGGUGCCAUUGGUAGUAAAUGUGGUUUGGUGUUUGCUUACAAUUGCUCAGAAAAGUUCCAUGCUGAAGAGCAUUUUAAAAGAUUUGAACAUUUUGACACAUGGAAAGUACCUGAAUUCAAACAAUUUGUGAAAGACCGAGCUAACCAGUUUGGCACAGAAAUAGGUGAGAGUGAUCCUGUAGCCUGGUUUGAGCUGGAAGAGGAAUGGGACGAAGUAGAUAUCAGGAUGCAGCAAUGCAAAACUGCCAAGUACUGGAUGGUGAAGUUCCUCUGCACACGGGAGGAAACUGCAGAGCGCUUAGGUGUGCAAGGUAUCAGUGCUUUUGGUUACCGCAGACCAUUGGAG